AUGCAACAGUACGCCAUCAUGGAGGGGUACGCCGCCCCCGAAGCAUACCUCAAUAUGGAAGGGCAUCCCGAGCUGCAAACCGAAGUGUACAAUAAUAGAAAUCUUGUCGUGACUCAGGAUCGCAUAUUCCACUACGAUGAUGGUUUUACCCGCACUCUCAUUUCCGUGAGCACCUCACGCAUACCGUUCCUGAUCGACUCCACUCUAACCAUCCGCGAACAGUAUUCCCGAGAAAGUGCUCUGAACAUCCUGGAAGCACUAAACUUCGAACAAGAAAUGCUGGCCAACAAAAAAGGCAUAUCGACUGUCUGGCGAUGCGUUGGAGGCAGAUACUAUCCUCUCGACAUCAAAGAUGGCCGUUACCCCACGACGUCCCCAGGAGAACAGCGUAUGAAGCAGCCCGAGCACCACAGCAACGAGAUGAAUACCAGUCGACCAGGCCUUCACCAAGACAGUAUGGAGCCGCAGGCAGAUAAUGACACCGAGAAGAGGCUGUGGGAGCCCCAAAUGCCUCCACCCCCAGGCUCAGUAGUAGCGAUUUGCCAGAGCCUUGAGAACCUGCGUGAUUGGCGUAUGACUAACGUUCCGAGCUAUAGACGGGGCCAAGAAAAUCUUCUCGUUGCCAUUGAAAAGGACAUUGCAGAGGCAAGCGCCUCGAGAUUACCAUAUGCCGAGGACCGGAAUAGCAAUCGUUGA